AUGGGUCGAUUCAACAACGCCAUAUUCUUUCUGAAAGAUCUCUUGCCAAAACGCAAAGCAGCAGCAGAGAAUUUGAAAGAUGAGCCACCCAGCUGGAUUAGUGGCGUUUACAUCUGCGCCCAAGCAUCUACAAUUGUCCUCCUUCUCAACAUUGCCAUUGUCGCGAUCGCGUCUGCCCGGUCUACCGAGUACAGUGCAAAGGCCACUUUUUUGAGCUCGUCAGUUGUCUAUCAUGGCAAUUGCACAGUAUCCAAGCAUUGGGAUGUCGCCCUCCACUUGAUUGUCAACAUCUUGAGUACUGGAAUUCUGGCCGCUAGCAACUAUUGCAUGCAAACGCUCGUGGCUCCUACCAGGGAGGAGGUUGAUGCUCAACAUGCUCAACAUCAAUGGCUAGAUGUUGGCUCUUCGAGUCUUCGAAAUAUUGUUCGAAGCGGCCGGUAUCGACUCAUUCUUUGGAUAAUCUUGUUGACAACAGCAACGCCCUUUCAUCUACUAUACAACUCCAUGUUUUUCCAGGCCUUUGGCACAAACGAAUUGGCCCUUAUUGUCGGACCGGAAGAUCUCGACUCCACGAAUAUCCAGGAACUCACUUCCCUCGGCCUGAAGCAAUGCUUCAACACAUCUACUCCCCCGUUCGGCUCGAAAUUUACAUGGGAGAAAUUUUCUUCCGACAUAGCCCAGGUGAAAUUCGAACGACUCAAUCUCCACGAAUGCAGUAUGCUUCUGAAUUGUCCCGAGUCGGGAAUUGCAGCCCUGGUUCUCCUUGCACAUAAUCUGACCGUCAAGGACGGUGGCGACCAGUCAAUGCUAUUGCCCAUGAAAAAUAUCACUUGGGCCGAUGAUACGUCUCAGCUAGGAGCAGUAUCGGCAGCACCAUUCUCAAACUAUUCGGGUGGGAACCAAAGCGAUCGCACUAUCUGUAACCAUGCACACAUAGGAUCACCUUCCCAGCCAUCGCUCGAAGCUCGAAGUUACGAAUUUUCAGAAUGUCUUGGGAUCAAAGUCGAAUCCAUCUGCCAGCUGCGGUAUAGUCCGACCAUAGGCAUCAUCGUCACUUUAUCAAUGUUGGCUAAAGUGAUUUCAAUGUUUCUGGCGGCCAAGGUGAACCGAUCGCGGUCGCCACCUCUUCUCACAGUCGGUGAUGCCGUGGCAUCAUUUCUUGAAAGACCCGAUCCAAUGACCACAGGCCUUUGCUGGUUGUCCAAAUCCGACGUUCAACGCGGAUACUGGAAAUAUCCCUUGAAAACGUCCAAGCCCACAGAGGUAUCAGAAUCAAGCAGCGAUGUGAUCUUCUCGCCUCUUUCUCGAUCUAAAUUCUGGAUACAAGUACCAAACCUAUGGCAGUGGUUCCUUGCAAUAUUUUUCUGCUGGGCCUGCAUUGCAUUGGGUUUAUUCCAGCUUUUCUAUCACCGGGAAAUGAGCCCCUUCGGCUUGGAACAGAUAAAACGACUGUGGAGUUCAGGAAUGGAAGACUUCGGAAAAGGUUUCAGUGCAAUCAACUUCAGGGACACCGCAUCAACUGGUCUUGAUCUGCCCACCAAUAUGCAGCCAUUAUACGCCCUCGUUCUAGCCAACAUCCCGCAAUUUUUCGUCACGAUCAGCUAUACAAGUUACAACAGCGUGCUUACCAGCAUGCUGGCUGCCGCCGAGUACAGUUCGUAUGGAACUCGCCGCAAGCCUCUGAGGGUAACAUGGCGGACGAAGAAUAGCGACCAGCGAUCUACCUACUGGCUCAGCGUGCCAUACCAGUACGGGAUUCCGAUCUUGGUCGUUUACGCGGCACUUCACUGGCUGAUGUCCCAGGGAUUUUAUUUCACCUGGUUGCUCCCUUAUGACAACUACGGUAAUCUGCUCAAAGAUCGAAGACAGAGCACGUUAUCAGUGACACUACUUCCCAUUUUCCUAGCAGUUAUUGUUCUGGGUCUUCUAUUGUGCUUUUUGUUCGUAAUCGCAUUCCGAAAGCUGAAGUCGGAUAUUCCCUUGGCCGAAACUUGCAGUGCCGCGAUAAGCGCUGCUUGUCAUCCACCCAAGGAUGAGAACUUGGAUACUAUAGCCAUGGGUCCGGUUACUUGGGGUGAAACUCGUGAGCCAGAGUGGAUGUAUGAUUCGGAUCAGUUUGAUGAGGCAGAGGACCGGAAAGGUCAUUGCAGUUUUACUUCAGCACGCACCUCAAGACCGUCUCUGACCAAGCUGUAUGCUUAG